UUCCCCUCCAGCUGGGUGCCCGUCACGCGGGGUGGGGCCCGCAGCAGAUCGGGUCUCUGAAGCCCUGGGGGGUGGAGGGGUCGAUGGCGGUUAAGGGGUUUAAUCAUCAUGGCACCGCCUCUGGCAGGGGGUUGGGCUGCUGGGCAGGGAACGAGAAACCACAAAUCGCCCCCGACCUGUCCUGCUGGGUCCGUCUCGGCUUCCAGAUCGGCUGGAGAGUCGGAGCAGGCAGGGGGACCAGGGCCAGCACCCCCGCCCGGCUCGGCUUUACUGCUGCUGAAUGAGACCCAGUCAGACCGAGAGGAGCCGAUCCCAGCCCAGCGCCUGCAGCAGCAUCUGUAGCCUGAGUGUCGCUGAGAGACAAUGUGCCCAGAAACUCGGAGCUGCUGGGAGGGAGGAGCCGCUGCAGGAGUUGCGUGCUAAUGGCAAUGGACACCUGCGGACUUACGAGGAGCCAGGUGAUCAAGCUAACUCCGCAAUCUGCCUAGCAAAUAAAAUCACAAUCCCAGUCUGUGUCUUGAUCAUAAUAGCUCUGGGAGCAGCUCUGGUAGGAGCUCUGAUAGAAGCUUUCUCAGGAAUAGCAAACCUAUAUUCAGUCCAUCCUGGCUCCACAGUGGUCCACUCUCUGGAUCCCCCUCCUGGCCCCUGGUGUCUGGAUGGUUGGGUCGGAUACCAAGGGAAAUGCUACUAUUUCUCCGAGGCCAAAGAGAACUGGACCUACAGCCAGAGCAACUGCUCUGCGCAUGGUGCUUCCCUGGCUGUGAUUGACAGUGAGCAGGAAAUGAGGUUCCUGCGGCGCUGUAAAGGCAAACUUGACCAUUGGCUCGGCCUUUGGAGGGAGCAGGACCAGGACCCGCCCUGGAAAUGGGUCAAUGGCACCAAAUUCAACAACUGGUUUGAAAUUAGAGGAGGAGGACACUGUGCAUAUCUGAGCGAUCAACUUGUUGGCUCUUCAAGAUGCACCUCACUCACAAACUGGAUCUGCAGCAAACAUGACGCGUAUACAGUGGGAAAGGGAACUGCACAGCCUAGGAUAUAAAAGCUUGAGAAUCAUCGAAAUGUGAUCUGGAAAAGCCUGAAGACAGGGCGGGAUGAGUAUUUAUUCCCUACAGUCUGUUCCUCCAGGAUUCCCAUGUUCUUUAUAGCUUGAUCAAAAGUGUAACAGAGCUGUUACUUUCUAGGGAAACUUUCCUGUUAUUAACUAGCCCUCUUUACUCUGUUCUCCUGCUUAUACCCCAUGUGUACACAAUCUCUCUAGUGUUUUCCCCAUGUCCUGCUCCAGGUCAAUCCUCUUCCCCUUAGGAGUAUGCUUAUAGGUGCUUGUUUUCUGGAGACACUCGGUUUACCUCAUCACUGAUUUGUAAUGUGACAGCAGAGCUAAAGGGAAAGGAAACUGGCACAAGAAUUCAUAACUGCAGUAAUUUUUUUAAAUGGAAGUAGGCAGUGGAUUAGGUACAUCUUCAUAUAUGUCUCCUGACCGAUCAAACUGCAUUCAUGAACUUGUGUAACCCUGGUAUUUCUUUUUGCUUACUUGGAUUUUUACUGUGCUGUCACACAGGAGCACCCAUCCCACUCUCUGUCUCUGACAAUCUUUUAUAACUACAUUAUUAGGUAGGCCAUCAGUUACCUCGGAUCAAAUCCAAGAACCCAGUGCCGCAUCAGUAUAACAAAUUAGUUUAACUCCCUCCCAGUGUUACCCUCCUCCUCCUCCUCCUCCUCAAUUCUUCCUCCUAGUUAUUAAAUGGACUUGUUGCACUUUUGUUAUUCAAUUAGAUAGUUAGCUGCUUGGGGAAGGUUCCGUGCAGAAAUGGUUACUUACUGUAACUGUGGUUCUUUAGGUUGCGAUGCAGAUAUGUACAGGCAACCCUCGGACUUAUGACACCAUUGGUUCCUGCAAAUCGCGUCUUAAGUCAAAAACGUUGUAACUUGAAUUUCCCAUAGGAACAAUGUCAGAUCGAGAAUCAUAAAGUCAUAACCGAUGUCAUAAAGUUGAAACAGGAUGUCAAUUUAUAAACGUCGAAAACUGCCUGUGUUCCCCAACCCCUCUGCAUUGAUGUCUGUUCCCCUGAGCAUUCAGCAAGAAGGAAGUGAGGAGGGUCGGGGUGGCACAGCCUCAUAUAGCCAGGGAGGGGCUACAGGCACAAGGUGCAAGUGUCAUUCCUCCUACAGGCUCUGCUAGGCGAAAGUCUCCAGUUCACAAGGUGCAUGCACACCUACUUGGAAUAUACAUCUGCAUCACAUCUCAAAGAACCACAGUUUAAGUAGUCGUUUCUUCUCACCCUGGUUGCUUAACACAGCUGAACAGUGGUGCUCUUAUUGAUGGGUAUUAUCAGUGCCUUAAGGAGGGGAAGUGCCAACCAUCCUUUGAUUUCUGGGACGAUUUUCGAUAUUAAAAUAUUAAACUUGUCUCAGGGCAGCUCUUUGAGUGGCUUCUUUUAAGGAACUGAAUGUAAAUGCCUUCCUUGGCUUCACCAGACUUUUUAAGCAUAUUUACCUUUGCACAUUUAUAAACUGUAAAAUUAAAAUGUAUAAUCGAUGAUAAACCAAACAAGCCUCGCCUUUAGUCAGCGUCUUUUGCACAGCUACAAACUUAGAGCAGAGAUUGUCACUGAAGUAGCAAUUGGAUGUGUCUUUGUUUGUUUUAAUAAAAUAAUGUUAUUUUUGGUGA